ACAAUGGAUGGAAUGGCGUAUCGGUCAUUGUUUACAUUAACUCCCAAAUCAUUGCUAGGCAUUCGGAGCACAUACAAAGAGUACAUCUAAUCAAACGUCUAUUGGAGGCGACAUGACAGGUAACCUCUGGAAUCUGAGACAAUGAACAGUAGAAUAAACAAUAACAACAAACGUGUACACUUUGUUUUCUUGGAUGUGUGUACGAUAACAUGAGAGCGGGCGCCGAGCGCGCGGCUGAGCCCCGCCAGUCGGCACCGCGCGCGCGCCUCGCCACCAUCUCACCACCGCUCCUUGUCACACGCCAUUGCUUCGCCACCAUUCGCCAUCGCCUCGCCAUCGCCUUGCCUCGGCGCAGACAAAGUACAACUCAGAUCCAGCUCAGUGCUACGGAGUUCGAGGAACACGUUGAAAUGGACCGCACGCAACUAAGAUGAAGUCUUCGAAGUGUGAUCAAUGAAAAUAGUUUUAUAUCGAAAGAUCGGAGCAGAUAUUAAAAAAUGCCAUGAGCUCAGUCGGUAAUAUAACCGAUGACCUGUGCAAGAUAUGUGACGGCAGGAUAGAAUGCGCGCCGACGGCGAUCCUGCUGAUCUCGCUAGUGCACACCCUGUACGGCUACAUCGGACCCGAACCCGACUACUUCGGCAGGAGCAACCCCCCGCACGCCGCGCCCCCCGGUCGCCCCGCACCCCCGCUCCCACCCGCGCCUUCCGCCACCGACGACAAGUACAGAGCUUUCGCUAAGCACAAAUUCCUCGAGGAGAGCAGCAAGAACUACGAGGAAGGCCCCGACGUGGUGGUGACCGAGCGCGAACUGGAGUACGACUUCGUAGUGGUGGGCGGCGGCACGGCAGGCUGCGUAGUCGCCAGCCGCCUCUCCGAGAACAGGAAAUGGAGAGUUCUGGUAGUGGAGGCCGGGCCGGAGGAACCCAAAAUGGCGCUAAUUCCGGGGCUGACCAGUGAAUUCAAAGGGUCAUCGGUGGACUGGCAAUAUGCAAUGAGACCGAAAAAAGGAUUUUGCCAGAACCGUCACGAGAUGGGGUGUGAGGUGGUGCAGGGCCGCGUGUUGGGCGGCACCUCCGCCAUUAACGACAUGGCUUACAUGCGCGGUAGCCCCGCUGACUACGACGAGUGGAUGCUUAGCGGCAACGAGGGCUGGAGCUUCAGCCAGUUGCUGCCCUACUUUAAAUAUUCAGAGGGCAACUAUGACAAAGAUAUUGCCAAAAAUAGGUUUUUUCAUUCCACUCAAGGCCCUCUGGACGUUGGCAGAUAUCCGUAUGUGGACGAUAACGUCGAUGUCCUCUUAAGCGCCUUCAAUGAGCUCGGCUUUAACUACACAGACAUUAACGGCCGGAACCAGCUGGGAUUCAUGCGGAUACAGACCAUGUCGUACUUUGGCGAGAGAGUGAGCUCGUAUACUGCCUUCAUAGACCCCAUCCGCAAGCUGCGCUCGAACAUCGACAUCGAGACGGAGGCGCUCGUCACCAGUGUUUUAUUUAAGGACACCCGAGGAGCUGUUCGAGCUAUAGGUGUAGAUUACAUUAAGAAUGGUACAAAGACGAGAGUUAAAGCGAAAAAGGAAGUCAUCUUGUGUGCCGGUACGAUUAACACGGCGAAACUUUUGAUGCAGUCCGGCAUCGGCCCUAAAGACUAUUUGGAAUAUUUAAAUAUUAAAGUGUACAACGACUUGCCGGUCGGAGGAAACUUCCAUGACCAUCUAUCCGUGUGUUUGCCGGUCAUCAAGCUCACUAAAACGGCCACCACAUCUAGAUUUUCGGAAAAGCUUAAAGAUAUAUCGUCAUAUUACGCGAAAGGCUCGGGACCCCUAUCGGCUAAUUUCCAGGUGGUAGCAUUUUUGGAAACCUCCCUAUCCGAUAUAAUUGGCACGCCCGACAUUGAAGUUAGAUUUCGUGGACACGACUCUAACAUGUACUACGAUAGAAUAGAUAUUUGUGUUUCCCUUCUGACACCGAAAAGCCGAGGACAAGUAGUUCUCAACGCGACGGAUCCCGUUUUUGGUAAACCCUUAAUCUAUCCGAAUUUCCUAAAAGAGCAAUCGGAUGAGAAAAAAUUGUUAGAAGGAAUACAUGAAAUAGUUAAACUAUUCGAUACAGAAGUAUUCAAGACCGCCUCCUUCGAGUUCGAUCCUCUUCCGAUAUUAAACAAUGAAUGCAAAAAUUAUGAAAAAGUGUCUGAGGAUUUUUGGGCUUGCAUAAUAAGACACUUUUCAAGUCCAUUGCAUAAUUAUGUCGGGACUUGCAAAAUGGGCUCCUCCAAGGACCCCGAGUCGGUAGUCGAUAAUAAUCUAAAAGUUUACGGGAUAGCGAAUUUGAGAAUAGUCGAUGGAUCCGUUAUACCGAAGAUAACUCGAGGGUCCACGGCGGCACCUAUUAUAAUGAUAGCUGAAAAGGCGAGUGAUUUAAUAAAAACUACUUGGUAUUAAAUAUUACUUUUAUUUACUAACUUAAAGAUAUAUCUCGAUGUCACCUUCUGCUA